AUGUCGUUUGGUCAGAAGCCCAAAAAAUCCGACUGCGCCGACUUCGUUAGCCCGGGUGAAAUGUAUUUGCAGCAGUCUAAGCUACCAGUGAGGCUGGACAUUCUCAAACAAGACAAUGCCAGCGACUGGCACAAGGUGGACGCGUGGCAGGAGCGAGAGCUGUACAACGACAACAGCGACGUCAUACGGCAGCUGGCGGCGUUUCUCAAACACAAGGACCAGCAUCUGCGCGUCGUGACGAAGGAGGAGAAUCCGUUCGUCAUCAUCUCCGAGCCGCACCUGGACGUGCAGGGCCGGUGUAUAGGUGGCGCCAAGUGCUUCACAUACGAGCCUUCGCCACGCCCACCCGGCAGGCAUGACAACGACACCGAGGAAGAGGAGGAGCUAGAGACGGAUAACAUGGAGGAACAUAUCAUGUGCUGCUCGGGGUUCUCCAUCGAUCUUCUGGAGGCAGUUCGCAAGAAAAUGGACUUCACCUACACUUUGUACCGUGUCAAGGACCAGAAGUGGGGAACGGUGGAGAAAGGGAGGUGGGUAGGUGUGAUGGGGGACGUGGUUUACGGCUAUGCUGAUAUGGCCUUCACUUCGCUGAAGAUCACCAAAUCCAGAUCAAAGAUAGUAGAUUUCUCCAUGCCCGUACUAGAGACUGGAAUCAGCGUGCUGGUUCCCAGGAAGCCAGGAAGGAUCUCUCCCUCAGCUUUCCUAGAGCCGUACGACUUAGCAGCGUGGAUCAUUGUGCUGCUGGUAGGCAUUCACGUGUUCGCUUCCGUCACGUUCUUCUUCGAGUGGUUGAGUCCGUACGGCUACAACAGAGACAAGACAAACCCGCGAGGUAUUCUAACUGUCGUUCAUAUAGCCUCUUAUUGA